AAAAUAUUGAAGUUUCUCCCAGUGCCUGAAGAUUUUCCUGAAGGGUCCUGGCAACCAUCUCAUGAUCAAAGGAAAAGCAUUAUAAAGCUGACCCAAGGAAGUGAGGCCAUUUUCACCACAGGCAAGCUCUUGAACAGCAGCCACCACCCUGAUCCACAUUCCAGAAGGUUUUCACGCAGGUGCAGCUGCUGUUUCAUGGUCCAGCACAGACUAGGUGCAAGUAAUCUCUAGGUUUCCCUGGGAUCGUAGACUUCUGAGCUGUAACCUCCUGGCCACAACAUUUCCAGUGCUCAUUAGAGCUCCAAGUCAGGGAGCUGUCACCAGGAAUGGGCAAACUGAGGCAUUAGGAGCCUAAACCAAGUGGCGAGAGCAGACCUACAGUGUUUGCCUGUGCCAUCUGGGGAGGAUCCCAGAAGAUGGGAUGCUCAGUCCCCUUCUGUUAGAGUCCAAAAUGUCCCUUUUCUGCUGUAGAAGCCAGUUGUGAAGGGGUCACAUUCAGACUUGAGCCAGCUAAUUAAAUGCAGUUAGCAGAAAGUGCUGCAGGGAGCCCUCCCUGUGCCCCCGACCCUGCAUCACCCCUGGCUUUUUGGUCCAAGAUUUUAUUCCCUUCUCUCCCGGGAGCUGCGCCGCCGUUGCCAGCGCCGCCCCGCAGGCACAUCCCGUCCGGAUGCAGGAUGCAGAGAGGGAUUUGGGGGUGCCGGGUGCUUCCCCCCGGGGCCGCGCCCGCGGCAGCGCCAGAGGCAGCGCCCACCCUCCCCUGGCACGGCUCUCCCACCGUCUGCCGCAACCCGGGCUGCUCCGCAUCCUCCGGCUCCCCGCAAACCUCGGGAAAGCUCUCCCGUCUAAGGCGCACCUUUUCAGUAUUCACAGAGAAGAGUACAGUCACAUAUUCCUCUCAAAGCCACAAGGACUUGACUAGAGCUAAAAUGUCAUUUAUGUACAUAUCACAAGCGUUUUUCUAGGCACAGAUGUCUUUCUGGUGCCAAUAUGCUGUUUAUGUACUUAUCUGUCACAAGCACAUGUCUACAUACAUAUGCCCUGCUGGCAGAGGCACAGAGCAUUUUGAAACUCUUAUUAGACUGCUAAUGAAUAAUACGCAUACAAAGGAGAAAACAGAAGGUGGGUCUAUCAGGAACAGCCUCUUUCUUAACUACCUUUUAAUUGUAGGAGAGGAAGAAAAGAGAUGAAUUUUGAUAUGUUGGCAUCUGUGAAGGCCUGCUUAGCAGCAUCCAACGCCAUCAUUUUAAAAGUGGAUUUUUCACAGGUUUGGGUAUUUUGGGGGGAGGGGAGGAUUUUUUUUUUCCUCUUAAAAAAAACCCCACAAAAUUUUGACACUGAGAGUAUUGCAAAUCCUGGUGCCAAUGAUGUAUGAUAGUGUGAUUGUCACCAUGGAAUGCUGAAAAGCUCGAGCAGCUGUUUGGCAUAUUGACAGUGCGAAUUUAGAGCGUUUUAAAUGCAAAUGACAGUAUUCAGUUGAUCGCAGGAAAACAAUGGGUCAUAGCCUUACCUUUCCUUGGCUAUGCUCUGAAUAAUCAGGCUGCAAAUCCAUGCACAAUAGGGAUAUUGUACACGUUCUGGGGAUUUUAUUCCCCGCGUUCAUGGGGGUCGAUAUGAUGCUUCUUUUGGGCAGAGCUGAAAUAGAGGUGCCGCUGAACCAUCCCAGGCACCUCGCAGGGGUGAGGUGGGGAAAAGGGCAUAAUUUGCUCCAAAUCCACCACGUCCUAAGUGUCAGCCUGUUUUUCUUCACUUCUAUCCUUUCCCGCUUGCUCUUUAAUCAUUCCCAAGGGUGGCUGGCUUUCUGCCUGACUUGUCUCCAUUAUACCCUGCUGCAAUCAAUAUGGCAAGCAGAAAUCAGCAGGAGAAGGCAUGUUCUGCUCCCAGUGAGAGCCGGUGGGAGGGAAGGAGAUCAGGCCAGCCAGCUGCAACCCCAGCCCGGCAGGCGAGCCGAAAUCCAGCCGAAAAAAGCUGCCGCCAGACGGCUGCGUCCUGUUUCCUUCGUGGUGCCCCCUGCCCGGCAGCGAGCAGCAGGAUGGGUUAAAGAGUCACUCCCAGCACUUUUUGGAUUCAUUGGGUCCAGCUCAAAUCCACGGGACAAACAUUUUGUUGCCACAAGAGCCCAGAGGAUUUAUAAUCUGCAGUUCCUUUCAGUCCCCUGGCAGCCGUUUCCAGCCAGGACGUGUUUUUUGGUUUUUUGGAAGAACACGUUUUCAUUCAAGAGAUGUUACAGCAAAAUUCAAGCAGGGUCUGCAGUGGUCUGUGUCCGAAGGCAACAAAGCCAGCUUUCUCCUCGGGUUUGGGUUUCUUUUCAGCACUUACCAACUUUGUCUCACAACACCCUUGAGGAGGCAAAAGCGCUUUUUGUUCCUUUAUUAACAGGCAAGGGAAGCGGGACAUUAAAAUCCCGGUGGUGCAGGAGGAGGCAGCCCUGGGGAUGCCUUGGUGGGGCAAAGAGGGGGUGUGGGUGAUGCUUUGGGUACCCCCUGGCCCCUGCUCACCUUACCCACACUAACCUCCUCUUACAAAUUUAAUCCCUCAAAAUUCAGAGCCACAAAUUUCUGGGAUAGCUGCUUCACUGAGAAGGCAGAGGAUUUAUUUGCCGCUAACUUCUUUGGAGAGUUAUUUUUUUCCCUCUCCAGCCUGCACAUGGCCCUGCCAUCCCUGCUGCCCCUCGCCAGUUUUAAGGCAUUUGUACACAGAUCCCUGUGGAGGAAAUGGGCUCUUUUUGUCCCAUAUUGCAGAUGGCAGCUAUGAGAGAAGAAGAUUUAUGUCACUUGCCCAACUUCGCCCUGGAAGUCUUUGGCAGAGAUUUGCACCCCGGUCUCCAACCUCACGCUACAAUUUGUGACCAUCGCUCCUGGCUCCACUUCAGCCUCUUCUCUCUCAAAGCAGAGAUAAGGACAAUUUCCAUUUUUCACCCUUUUAUAACAAAUCUCAUGAUAAUUUAAUAAUAUAUUUUUUUUAAAACCCUCUCUUUGAAGUGGUUUGAGACUGUGGAAAACUCCACUUUCAUUAAAAGGAAAAUUAAAGUUGUGGACAAAAAGGCUGAAGCUUUUUGUUUCAAGAAAGACUAGAAACUGUAAUCUAACAGAAAAAUUAAACACUAAAAAACAAUCUGCUGCUCCAAGGGUCAUCCUGUGAUUUACAUGGAGUAAUUCAUGAUUUUCCAGCAAGUUGCCGGGCAGACCUCAAAGAUCGAUGCCUCUGAGGGAAUACUAAUUUUAAAAAGUAUUCAGCUCCUCAUCAGAUUUUGAGGAGUAUGGCACACUUUCAUUUCUCCCUGCACAUUAGCCAAAUUAAAUCAAAAUAAAUAUCAAUGAAAAUAUUGCACAGGACAUAAAAGCCCAUCCAUUUGUGCUCUAUCCAUAUGCUGCUUUACGAGACGCUGGGUUUCGCUCCUGCUCCGCUCUCUGCUGCCAGCCCCGAGCGCGCAGCAAGGCGCGGAGUCCCCGAUGUGCUUUAGGCAUUCAUCCCUCCAAUACUGCACCCCGGGGCCUGCCUGCAGUUUUGUUCUCACCCUGUAUCUUCGCCAGGCUUGUUUGUGCCCACGGGCAGCAGCAGUGGCCUGGCCAACGCCUGCCAGGCCGGCUCCAGUCCCGGCCACCGGCUCAGGCUGCGCCGCCGUCACUGUGGGACCAGCCGCAAGGUGCAUUCCUGCCAGCAAAAAGUACAGCUGCUAAAAGGUGCUUUGUUCAUUAAUUAUCUUAGGGUGGUUUGGACAAAGCAAAUAUUUCCAUGUCCAGGAAGUUGUUUCUGAGGGAUGCUGGUGCAUUUGCACCCUGCGGGGUCCCUCGCUGUGCAUCUGCACCGAGGCGCCGUGCAACCUGCGAAGCACGGAGUGCCCGCGGCAGAAAUCAUAAACCGCAACUCAGGGUUUGGAAAUGCAACCAAUUUGUGCCGGCUCAGGAGCAAGAGCAGCGAUUUCUGCAUUUAAAACCGGUGCAGUUUUUAGGGUAAUGUGAUUAGAGAUUCAACAUUUCCCCCUCUCAUUAUUAUUUAGCUCCCUCAUUUGAAUGCUCAGGUUUGAGGGAAGGGGGAUUGCUUGGAAAUUACAGACGCAGCCAAAUUUCUUCCUUCCCCUUUGACAGGGCAGCACUGAUGGUUAUUGUUCUUUUCUAGCUGCAUUACGCUGUCCUUGAUUUUUGUUUCAAGCAGUCUAAUGGCAUGAUGUCAAAUCCUGCUAAUUGGUUUAGGAUUAAAAUGCAGGGCCACAUCACUCUCUUGAUUAACCAGCAGCAAAACUGCUUUUGUCUAACGAUCGUUUCAGAGGAGAAAGAAAAUAAAGCAUAUAAAGGAAGCGUCAGGCUUUUGUCAGUAAAAAUACGUAGGAAAAUGCUUUUUUUUUUUAAGGAAAAAAAUUGCCACUGUGAGGCCCACUAAGUUUUGACUUGUAGCAGUUCAAAAGCAGCCCUGUGGGGAAAGAUCGCUUCCUGAGGAGCAGGGACUGUUCUUUUAUCCAGCAUCCAGCCACUCGCUGCGCCGCACUGGAGCAUCCGUGGCUGGACCUGCUCGUAUUUUACACACCAGCAACAAAAAAAUACCAGGAACAUCUCAGCCCCAUUUCUGGCCUCUCUGACACCCAAAUAAUCCCAGUCCCAGCCGAGUUUGUACCGGGAUAAAUAAUCCAGGAGUGAGCAAAGGCUGUGGUGGGCAGUGCAGCACCAGGAAGGUGGUGGGAGCUGCAGGCUCUAGCAGGGAUCUGAGCAGGAUAUGGGAUGCCUGGGGCCAUGGGAACGGGCUCUGCAGCUGCAGCAUCGUAAUUUACUCACCCUAAGGACUCAGAAAUUAGUUCUGCAUCCUGGAACAGGGUUGUGCUUGCUGGGACAGAGCUCACCUGUUGGUUAAUGAGCAUAAAGAGGUAGUUUUUCAUGGGGAUUAUUGGGAAAAGAAGAAGGAAAAUCAUGGUUCAAAUUAAAAUAGUGGAAGCAACACCAAACCACUACUUUGCUACCCCUCUGCUAUUAAAAAUAAUACUCCAACAGACCCACAAGAACACCCCCAACAACCCUCAAAGAUUCUCCCUACUGCACUGUUUAAUCUCUUUGGCUCCUGUUUUCCCUGACCAGCUGAGGGAUUUAAUUUCCAGGGAAUUAGACGUCCAAUUCAGGGCAUUGUUUUGGGAAAUGUGCACACGAUUUACCACACACAGUCCUGAAAGUCACCGUCAGACCCAGCACUCCCAGCACGCUCCAGUCCCAUCCCUGCUCUGCCGGGAGGUGAAAGGGGCUUUAUUGGGAAGGUUUUGAUGCAUUUGGCAUGUCUUUGAACCUGGCUCCCCCAAAGGGAGAGAAUGAACUCAGGCGGAGAAAGAAAAAAGGAAAUAAAAGGGCCCUUCCCAUCUGCCCGGUUGCAUUCAAUGGGGAGCUUUUUAAAAGGUAUAAUAGAGGUUUGUGUGUUCCUGCUGAGAUUUGUUCUGGUCAACUUCUCCAGGGCGCUCAGACAGGGCGGUGUGGUGUGUCUGCCCUCCCCCAGCACCCUCAGAAAGAAAUUACAGUCGGUUUCUUUUUUUUUUAAAACUAAUUUUUUUUGCUGCAAAAAGUGUAUGCUCUGCACACACAUUGCUCUUGCACAAAAGCAACUCGAGCCAGCCCUGCCAAAAACCAAUGUGGGUGUUUCUCUGGGUUUUCAGCAGCAGUACAGUAAAGCCUGGUGUUCCCAAGCACGGCAUUGAGGCAUCCAACCCCCAAAUAUCCCUACAGGAUCCAGCCCACAUUUUCCUAGAGAGUUUCUCUGGGACAGUGGGGACAGGGAGCACCUGAGGGCUCAGCCUAGUUUUCCAGCAUCUUAUUGUGGACGUAAAUUAACAGCACAUUGGCCGUCCUCCAGAAGUUAUCCUGCUCUUUAUUGUGCUCUGUGACUUGUUGGUGUGAUUAUUAAAAGCCAGGUCGGCUGCAAAGCUGAUUUUUUUAAUGCACUCCUGGCCCCAGAGCAGACGGGAUGACAUUUAACAACACCAAGCACUCAAGAAGGGGCCCUGUGUCAGCACCCAACAGGUACAGAAACGCCUGAGAAGUUCUUGGCUGUCGUGAGCAGCUUUCUGCUUUGCAAACUAUGAUAGAAAGAGUGGAAAAAGCACGCUUUGUGUGCUUUUCCCUGACUCUGGGACUCCAAAGCAGGAAGAUGAGAACAUCCUGCGCACAUGUUAAUUAGUCAUUCCUUAAAACCAAAUGUCACAGCGCUCAUAUUUAAUUCCAAGAACAGACUGAUGAAUAUGUACGUAUAGUUAUAUUUCAUUUACAUACUCUGGGAUUUGUUAAGAGACGCCUAAUAAAACCAUCUAAAAUGAAUUAGAUGUUCUCUUAACAACAUUUAUUUUGAAUUCAUGUCUAUCAGAGAAACAUUCCCAAUACAGUAAUAGGGAAUUUUCAUAGAUAUAAAAUACAUAUAUUGCAUUUCAUAAAUGAAGAUAGGGAGUUAAAGCAGCCACCUUCUAAAUGGGAUUUGAUUCUUGGAGUAGCAAACACACGAAACGGGGCUUGAGGGUCGGGGAAGGCAGUGAUUUGGUUUGUAGGAGCCCAAAGAGGAUGAAGCUCAGCACCCAGACUGCUGUAAGAAAGUGUCCACAUGAAGAAAAUAUUAAAGGAAAUUAAUUCAUUCCUCAAAGCCAGCAAGAAAAGAAAAUCUCCUUAAGACAUUUGCAUCCUCUUAUUUUCAAUUUCCCAGUUCUAUAUCUAAUACUUUUUGAAAUUUAUUUUUUUCUUUACUCAGAGCCCCUACCCUUGAAGUGGGGUCCAUCCAGGUAGCUGCUCUCAAAAAAGCCAUUCCAGCCUAAGAGACUCUUGUGGGACUUUUUUUCCCUUUUCAAACCAAACCAGUUUAUAGGAAAACCCCUGUGGUUUUGGUUUUGUGUUUUGUUCUUCCCCCUCUAAGUGCCCUGCACCCUGUGAGCUCCCAGGGAGCACAAAAGCGUGUCCUGGCGGGCACAUCACCGGCUGGGCAGGUCGUGCCGCGGGAAUUCAGCUCACACUCCCGCGGAUGUGUGAGUCUGGAACAAAUCUGGCUCACCCGCCUGCCUUGGCCGGCCUCCGUAGGGCUAAGAGGGGUGGAAGGCAGUAAAAUCUCCUUUCAGUCUAUAAAAAUCUGCAGAGAUAUUUGGAAUGUGCAGAGGGAGCAGAUCUCCUGGGUAAAGCGGAGCAAUGAUUAAAAUAGUCACUUUUCUGACCGAAAUUGCAAUUUAAAUACUGCAGCUUUUGUUUGCAGAAUGGCUUUGGUUUAUAUUCUAGUGACAGUCACACAACUCCAAGGGUUGUUUUUGGAGUUAGUGGCAAAAACAUGUGGUUUGAAUUUAAAGUCUUAAAGUUAGAGGAUCAACGUUUCUCCAGCAAAGAUAUUGCCAGUGUCUCUAUGAGUCAUAAUUUUAAAUCAUCAAGAACCUGAACACUCCUCAUUAAAUGAUUAAAGGGAACAGUAAUGAAAAAGCUGAAAGAAAGGAUAAAUAUACAGCUAUAGAAACAGGAACAUCUAUUUUCAAAGCAGAAAAAAAUACUACCAUCCUGACAAAGGACAAUAAACUUAUCAAACUAA